GCGGGGGCCGCUGACGUCACGGCAGGUCCCGCCGGCAGGGAGCGCUGCUGAGCGGCGGAGCAGGCGUCAUGGCGGAGCGGGCGGCGCGGGCCGGUGCGGGCCCCGAAGCAGCCGCGCCGGAGGGACCGCAGGCCACGGAACUCUCCCGGGAGGAGAAGCUGCAGCUGCGGAAGGAGAAGAAACAGCAGAAGAAAAAGAAAAGGAGUGAGAAGGGGCCGUUGGCUGAGACCCCGGAGCUGGGGGUGCUCUCCGAGGCAGGGCAGCCGCAGGUAGCUGCUCAUCUCACAUCCCCCCCAGCCUUGGCUGAUGGCCCCAAUGAUGGUGAGAAGCCUGCAGGGGGCAAAAGCAAAGCUGAGCUGCGGGCAGAGCGCCGGGCCAAGCAGGAGGCUGAGCGGGCCCAGAAGCAGGCCAGGAAAGCGGAGCUGAGCCAGGCAGCCACAGCAGCCAAGCCCAGGCUGACUCCGACCGAGCCCCAGUCUGUGGUAAAGCGGCUGCCGGAACACGUGCAGAUGGAUGAUCCCGCUGCCCAGAGGAAACUGGCCAAGAAGCUGGAGCGGCAGCAGGUACCUCUGAGGCAGGACUAUGGCACCAAGGUCAACCUGUUCUCCCACUUGCACCAGUACAGCCGGAAGAAGCCACUGACACAGCAGAUGAGCAUCCCCUCCACUGUAAUUCACCCAGCUGUGGUACGCCUUGGCCUCCAAUACUCCCAGGGCAUCAUCAAUGGCUCCAAUGCCCGUUGCAUCGCCCUGCUGGAAGUCUUCAAACAGCUGAUCCGAGAUUACUCAACUCCCCCCAGUGAGGAGCUGUCAAGGGACCUAGUGGCCAAGCUGAAGCCACACAUCAGCUUCCUGAACCAGUGUCGGCCCCUUUCAGCCAGCAUGGGCAAUGCCAUUAAGUUCCUUAAGAAGGAGAUUUCAUGCCUGCCCGACACCCUGCGAGAGGAAGAGGCAAAGGAGAAGCUGCAGGACACUAUUGACAAAUAUCUGCGGGAGAAGAUUCUUCUGGCAGCUGAAGCCAUUUCAAGGUCUGCCUUUGAGAAGAUAAAUGACAACGAUGUGAUCCUGGUGUAUGGAUGCUCUUCCCUCGUGAACCGCACACUGUGCGACGCCCAUGUGAAGAAGGGCCGAGCCUUCCGCGUGAUCGUUGUGGACAGCCGUCCGCGGCUGGAAGGCCGGGAGACACUGCGGCGGCUGGUGCGUAAGGGCAUUCACUGCACCUAUGUGAUGAUCAACGCCAUCUCCUAUGUGCUGCCCGAGGUAUCUAAAGUGCUGCUGGGAGCCCAUGCACUCCUGGCCAACGGCUCCGUCAUGUCCCGAGUGGGGACAUCCCAGAUAGCACUGGUCUCCAAGGCUUACAACGUGCCCGUCCUCGUGUGCUGCGAGACCUACAAGUUCUGUGAGCGAGUGCAGACGGACUCUUUUGUCUCCAAUGAGCUCGAUGACCCUGAUGAUCUGAUCGUGCUUAGGAAGGGCCAGGCCCAGCUGGGUGGCUGGGCAGAGAACAAGUCCCUGCGCCUUCUCAACCUCGUCUAUGAUGUGACGCCACCUGACCUGGUGGAUCUGGUCAUCACAGACUUGGGCAUGAUCCCCUGCACUUCGGUGCCUGUUGUCCUGCGGGUCAAGAACGUGGAUCAGUAGUAGGGGCAGCAGCACGGACACUAAUAAACCAGGCCCCACAAUA